AUGUCGGCGACGACGGCGCACGCGCGCCACCGGACGUGCCGCAUGUACUGGUGCUACCACUGCGGCCGCGCGCUCCGCAUCAUCUCCUACCCGUCCACCGACGUCUUCUGCCCGCGCUGCUUCGGCCGCUUCCUCCACGAGAUCGACCCGCCAGCGCGCCCCGCGUUCCCGCCUCCGCACUUCCUCCCGCACCCGUUCCACCCGCAGCACCAGUACGACGGCGACCCACGCCGCUGGGUCAUAUACGGCGGGGAGCCGACGACGACGGUACCAGGCCGCGCGUUCCGCCAGCCUGCGCCGGCGCAGGCACCUGCCACGCCUCCUGCUCCGGCACCGGCGGCGCCGGUUCGACGGCGCGUGCCCUCCCCGCCGCCGCCGCCGCCGCCAGUGUCGCGGCGGCCGUCCACGCCCCCUGCCAUCGACCCCGGGAACUACUUCACGGGGCCAAACCUGAACAACCUCAUCGAGGAGCUCACGCAGAACGACCGGCCGGGGCCGGCGCCGGCGCCGCCGUCGGCCAUCGACUCGCUGCCGACGGUGCGGAUCAACGGGGCGCACCUGUCGGACGGCUCGCAGUGCCCCGUGUGCAAGGAGGACUUCGAGCUCGGGGAGGCCGCGCGGCAGCUGCCGUGCAAGCACGUCUACCACUCCGACUGCAUCGUGCCGUGGCUCCGCCUGCACAACUCCUGCCCGGUCUGCCGGUACCAGCUGCCGGGAGCCGGGUCCAACGACAGCAGCCUGCAGGCCGCACCUCGCGGCGGAAGCAACGGCAACAACAGGGAGAGGGAGAGAGAGCCCGCGACGUUGGUGCGGUGGGGGCCAUUCUCGUGGCUGUUUCCACCGCACGGGAUGGACGACCCCGACGACGCGUGGGAGCACGGGCGGCGCGGCAGGCACGACGCGGCCGACGCCGGCGGUAAUGACAUGACGGCCCUCCAGUCCUUUGUUCUUGUGGCAACCUGCGUUUUCUUCUUCUCGUUCAUGACCUGA